GCUCUGCCCGCGCGCGGCCCGGGGUCGCGCUGGGCCGUUUCCUCCGACAGCGCUUGGUGCGGCGUCUCUGCGGCCCGGGAGUGCCGGUCCGGCCCCUCGGCCCGCAGCAGAGUUGCCAGAGAAAACAAGGACGUUACGUUUGAAUCUCAGAUAAAGGAAUAACUUUUAGUGAAGAUGUUACCAAGUACUUCAGUGAAUUCCUCUAUGCAGGGGAACGGAGUCUUGAAUUCCAGGGAUGCAGCGAGACACACAGCUGGAGCAAAACGCUACAAAUACCUGAGAAGGCUUUUUCGUUUCCGGCAGAUGGACUUUGAGUUUGCGGCUUGGCAGAUGCUCUACCUGUUUACUUCCCCACAGAGAGUUUAUAGAAACUUUCAUUACCGAAAGCAGACAAAGGACCAGUGGGCCAGAGAUGACCCUGCUUUCUUGGUCCUAUUAAGUAUCUGGCUCUGUGUGUCCACUAUAGGAUUUGGCUUUGUGCUGGACAUGGGAUUUUUUGAGACAAUAAAGCUCCUCCUUUGGGUUGUAUUCAUAGAUUGUGUAGGUGUUGGUCUUCUGAUAUCAACUUUAAUGUGGUUCAUCUCUAACAAGUACUUAGUGAAACGACAGAGCAGAGACUAUGAUGUGGAGUGGGGCUACGCCUUUGAUGUGCAUCUGAAUGCUUUUUAUCCACUCCUAGUCAUUUUGCAUUUUAUUCAGCUUUUCUUCAUUAACCAUGUUAUCCUAACAGAUACAUUUAUUGGAUAUUUAGUUGGAAAUACCUUAUGGCUGAUUGCUGUUGGCUAUUAUAUCUAUGUAACCUUCCUAGGAUACAGUGCACUGCCAUUUUUGAAAAAUACAGUAAUUCUUCUCUAUCCAUUCGCACCUCUCAUCCUACUCUACGGGCUGUCACUAGCACUGGGAUGGAACUUUACCCAUGCUCUGUGUUCUUUCUACAAGUACAGGGUGAAGUGAAAAAGAAUAUCCAAUCUUAACUGUGUCAACAGUAUUGAUGAAGUGAUUUCUUGUAAAACUUGUAAAUAAAUUCUUUGUAGAUAAAGGUGUAAAGUUUGCAAAUUUGAAUAUACAUGUUAACACUUGUCAGGUACAUUCCUUGAAACUAAUUAAAUGUACAUUUCUAUAAUAAAUAUUUUUUAAGCUAAAA